AUGGCAUACGACGGCAACGAGGAGGUUCACGGCGGAGACAACUUGGGCAAAACCAAGACCAGAAAACGUGACAAGAGUUCAGCAUCCGGCUCUCUCGAUGAGAGAAUCGUUAGCACGGAGGCUGGCUUAGCAGUUUUGGGCCAUCGCUUCAAGACCCUUGAGUCCAACGUUGGUACCCUUGAGGCUGCCGCCCUUGAAGGGCUGGACGAAGUCAAAGCCGACUUGUCCGAGCAAAAUGAAGAGCACAAGGAGGGGCUGACCAGCUUGGAACUCAAGCUCACGGAAGCACUGUCAGCGCUACACGAGGAGUUCGGGGCAAAACUGUCCGAGGUGAUGUUGGGGCAGUCCGCUUUGCAGGAGGAAGUUGCUGAUUUGAAGCAACAACUGGAAGCAGCCCGUGUUUGUGGAAAUCAUGGUUCCGUGGCUUACCAUGAUGCUCGUAUUGAGGCUCCUAAACCCAACGUGUUUAAGGGUGAUAGGAACGCUCAAGACGUAGAGAAUUUCAUAUGGCAAUUGGAGUCAUAUUUUGAGCACGUCAAGAUUGUUGACGGGGCAGCAAGGAUCCGAAUUGCAACCAUGUACUUCAGUGACGUCGCAAUGUUGUGGUGGCGUAGGAAAAAAGUAGACAUGGAAAGGGGUCUUUGCACCAUAGCUGAUUGGGAUCAAUUUAAGGAUGAGUUGAAGGAGCAAUUUUACCCUCAAAACGUUGUAGAUGAGGCUCGACGGAAGUUGAGGGAACUUAAACAAACUUCUUCCAUUCAUAACUACGUGAGGGAGUUUACGAAGCUCUCACUUCUUGUGACGAGUUUCAGCAGUGAAGAUUUGCUCUUCUUCUUUCUUGAUGGCCUCCAAAAUUGGGCCAAACAAGAAUUGAGGAGGCGCAACGUCAAGACCGUGGAUGAGGCCAUCAAAGUGGCGGAAUCCUUAACUGAUUUUCAUGCCGAUUAUGCCAAGGCGAAGGAUAGCCGGAACAAGCCCAUUGCUGCCAAGGGAGAUCGUGGGGACAAGGGCAAAGAUAAGUUUAUUCCCAACAAAAAUCGUGAGUUCAAAGGCGAACGCAACCAACCAUCGUCAUUCCGCAAGAACUACAAGGAAAAGAAGAAAGGUGUAGCUAACCGCGAUAGCGGCUGCUACCUUUGCGGGGAUACAUCUCACUUUGCGAGAUCUUGUCCUUCGUUGAGUAAGCUGGGAGCUAUGAUGGCAGCAACACGGAAGGAUCAAGCUAGUGCGCAAGCCGGAAGUUCCGGGGAGCAAGAAGCACAAGCUGCCAAUUCGGAGAAAGGAAAGGGACAUGCCGUUGGUUUGUUCAACCACAUGGCUUUGUUCAACCACAUGACGCUCGCUGCUCUUGCCGCAAAGAAGUAUAGCGUAAGAGCCCGAGAGUCAUUAUUUGUUGAUGGAGAGGUGAAUGGCCGAGCAGUCCGCAUUAUGGUGGACACCGGAGCAACGCAUAACUUCGUUGCGGAAGAAAAGGCUAAAGAACUUGGCCUUGCAUUCGUGACCAGUGAUUCCAUGUUAAAAACCGUCAAUUGUUUCCCUACCAAUGUCAAUGGCCUCGCUCCUCGGGUGAGUCUCGCCUUGGGAGGUUGGAAGGGAGAGACGGAUUUUUCGGUUGUUCCGAUGGAUGUCUUUGAUAUUGUAUUGGGGCUGGAUUUUUGGUAUGAGAUUAACGCGUUUAUUUCGCCACGUCUCAACCAGCUAGCCAUUUGUGAUGAAGGUGGUUCUUGCAUUGUUCCACUUAUUCGUGUCGCUCAAAGUGGCACACGUUUGUCGGCAAUACAGCUAGUUAAAGGUUUCAAGAAAGGAGAACCAACCUUUCUUGCGACAUUGAUGGAGAUCGGUGGCUGCCAAGAAGCUGAAUUAGUACCCUCAUGUGUCCAACGUGUUCUUGAAGAAAACAAAGACGUAAUGCCGGAGGAGUUGCCCAAACGGUUAUCCCCACGAAGGGAAGUUGAUCACGAGAUCGAGCUGGUACCCAGGGCAAAGCCACCAGCUAUGACCCUGUAUCGGAUGUCGCCUCCGGAGCUCGAGGAACUUAGAAAACAACUCAAGGAGCUGCUGGAAUCUGGCCAUAUCCGACCCUCUAAGGCACUCUUUGGAGCUCCGGUCUUGUUUCAAAAGAAGAAGGAAGGGACAUUGCGGUUAUGUAUUGAUUACCGUGCCCUCAACAAAGUCAUGGUGAAAAACAAAUACCCCAUUCCGAGCUCGGGUCACCACCCAUUAAAUUCAUCCCGUUUUGGGCACAAUUCCGAGCGUUUCGGGCACAUUUCGGAGCCCGACGGAGCUCCCACAACGUCUCGUGACAAGGCCAACGUGGGGGCAUCUUUGGGAGGUCAAAAUACAAGCUCGGGCCAACAUUUAUGGGGCUUUGGAGCCUUGACCAGCUGGGCA